AUGGCCGCUGAUUCUCUCACUGCAGCAACCGUUGAUAGCCUCCUCAACCUCGAUAAUUCUGACUAUGAGGAUUCCUCUAAUCAUAGACCACCGCGGCGAGAUCGUGACGACAGCCCAACAUCGAGCCCCCACGGCAAACGAAAAGCAAUAGACGAUCUCGAUGCAAGCCUAGGGUUGGACGAAGAGGUCAAGGUCACUAAGAGAAGGAAACCGAUUUCAAAACUCGACGAAGCAAGGCUCCUUUCUGCACCAGGAAUCCCAAAGCUGCGCGCCGAUGCACGCUCUGGGAAAUUCUCUAAGAAGCUACGUCUCAAGGGAAAGGGACAUGAAUUUUCCGACGUAGCGCGGCUGUUGAAUUACUAUCAGUUGUGGUUGGACAAUUUAUACCCGCGAGCCAAGUUUGCCGACGGGCUGCAGUUGAUCGAGAAAGUCGGGCACAGUCGACGCAUGCAAGUUAUGAGGAAAGAGUGGAUUGAUGAAGGGAAGCCAGGAUAUGUCAGAGAUAGAGAGGCAAAGAAGACAGGUGAAAAAGAGAAGGAGGCAAAUAAAGAGACAGAUGAUCUGUAUGCUGGGGACCGGCCGGUUGAGAAUGGAGUGGACCAGGAGGCUCCCAGCGCUGCCGUCGGCGCCGAAGACGACUCUUUGUUCGUUCCCGACCUACGCACCGGGGCGAAUAAUGGAAAUGAUGAUGGUCUUCUUCCAGAUGGUGACGAGCUCGAUGCUCUAUUAGCCGAGCAAGAGACUCGCAUCACUAUGCGCCCUGCAUCUGCAUCGAAAACCACAAUAAACGACGAUUCCGAAGGCGACGACGAUCUUGACGCGUUAUUGGCUGAGCAGGAAAUGAAGCGUGCCCACCCUCUCCCCUCUACAUCUGAGUCUGCACCGGCAAGUGCGCCCAAGCCAAAGCCCUCGCUUUUCGGCGGAGAUGACAAUGACGAUGACGAUGAAAUGGACGAUCUAGACGCCCUGCUUGCAGAGCAAGAAGCGCGCAUUGAACCCGGCACAACACAGUCGAAACCGAGCAGCAUACAACAACCGUUGACAGCGCAAAAUGAAGAGUCCACUACUUUUAUAGCAGAUGACGAGGACAUUAUGGUCCAGGAAGACGACGAAUUGGACGCGUUAAUCGCCGAGCAAGAAGCACGCCAAGGUGUCACCGACGAAGCAUCGGAACCGUCCUCGCCCACAGUUAGAGCUGCAACUCCUCGUCCCGCAUCGGCUGUCGUCGAGGGAGCCGACGAAGCCGACGGUGCGGACAUGUUCUCCUCAUCGCCUGUGCGAGGUACGGCACCAAUAGGUCCAAGCUCCUCUCAGGAACAUGAGGAACAGGCAUCCAUUGAUCCGAAUUCAAGCCUCCUUGCGCCUCGAACGCAACUAACUAUAGCAUCCAAAAGCGAAAACGCGCAUGUUGACGACAUAGAAAUAUCCGAAACCGGCACCAGCGCUGGAGCAGAGAAGGAUGAGUCCCAGGGUCUGGACGCUGGUGACAUGUUUUCAUCUUCGCCUGUGCAAAAUGAAUAA